GGAUCCGAGUACACGGAUUACGGGAGUUACUGGAGGGCUAAUCAAGCCCUUGGACAGCAUUCUGCAGCAGGUACGUCGGCAUACCAACAAUUCUUGGUGGCGUCCAACGCUGCAGCAGCUGCUUUUGGGGUUGUCAACGAUUCUGUCGGUGUGACUGGUCAGCCCAUGAUGUCCACGAAUGCUGUCCCAGGGCGUGUCUUGAUUGUUCAAGGGCGUGUGGUAUGGUUUCAGAACAGGAGAGCCAAGUUCCGCCGGAACGAGCGCAGCAUGUUUGCGCAAAGGGAGCGCAGUCAGGUGAAGUUGUUCGGGUCCGGGAACACGGAAUCCAGCUCAGCUUCCACCGCCUCGACUUCAUCCCCGCCGCCCAACAUUGAGCAGCCGAUUUUACCCAGAACCACGACGGCUUCGUCACUCAUCACUCAUCAGUACAACAUGGGAUCCGAGUACACGGAUUACGGGAGUUACUGGAGGGCUAAUCAAGCCCUUGGACAGCAUUCUGCAGCA